GCCCUUAUCGACACAGGGUCUUCCGCAGUGGUCAUAUCCUUAGAUACGGUGAAAAAAACAAGAUGACUUAGAUCCAUUCUUCCUCAAUCUGGCAAAGACAAUUAUGUCUCAACCGACGAGGAAGCAAUGAACAUCGUAGGCAUUAUUGAGAAUGUGGUUGUAAAGGUCGGACGAGUGUACGUCCUCGCCAACGCGCUCGUAAUAGAUGUUUGGAGGACUAACGUGGAGGGCGAUCUUUUUGGCUUUCUCUUUGGAUCGGUACAGCUGGGGCGCCGCCAGUUGAUUGCGCAAGAGCUCAUAGCGCCGAUCGUGCAAUUAGCGGACGAUCUCUCGGCUGACAUUUAUUCGCAGAAUGACGACAGUCCUGCUCUGCACGUUCUCGAGCGGUCAUUGGAUCCGUACCUUCAGUGGACUGCGUGCUUGGAGGAGCCCAGGGACGAAGAUACGCUGCCGUCUCGCCAGGAGUAUCUGAAGCCGUACGAUAUCAUCCCUCACGCCUUCUAUCCGAGGGCGGAGGAAGUAGUGAUCGACGACGAAGAGGACGAAGACGAGCAAACAUCGGAGGAGGGAAGCUAUAGCGAAUAUAGCGAGGGAGAGCUAAGUGAGGAAGAAGAGGAGGAAGAAGAAACUGGAUCCGAGUGGGAAGCCUUCUCGGAGAAAGCGACGCGCACGGGAACGGAGGCGGAAGAUCCGGAAGCAGCGCGAAAGCGCGAAGAAAUUGCCACCGGGAAGCGUCAGCUGGAGUUUGCCAGCGGAGCCGGCCUGCGAAUCGGUAACGAUCCGACCAGAGAUCCGGAACCGCCAGAGCCCGAAGAUGGCGACCCUGCAGUCGCCACCUCAAGUGCCGCGUGACGGAGACGGAGCCGAUCCCCCUCCUCCUCCAGCCCCACCCGUCCCCCAGUUCGC